AUGUUUCCGAUUGACUGUGUGGGGCGAAUGGAAACAAUCUUGCGUGACGGGUUUACUGGACUGGUUAGCAUUAUGGUCAAACCGUACCAUCUAGCGGCGGAAUUUAUAACCUCGUCGACGCAGCAAUUUGACAAGGUUGAACGAAACAACCACGUUGUUGUCGAAUUGGUGCGCGCCAUGCUACAUGCAGCUGGUUUGGGAAAAUGCUUUUGGAGUGAUGACGUUCUGCCUACAGUGCUGCGCGUUUCAUCUGCAACGCGAGGUGUUGGUAACGAAGUCUCAACGGCAGUAGCUCGACGCAAACCCUCUGGUCAUAAAGGCAGUAGGAGAGUAGACUUGUCAAGUAUAUCGAAGACAAGAAUGAUAACGCUCAAAGGUGAGCUGCUCAAGCAGCAACAAACUAAAUCAGCACAAGAUCAUUCGUCGCAGCAAACGUAUCAGGAAGAAAAACGAGAUUCUGAGGAAUCUUACAACGCUCACGAAAUUGCGCUGAUCAAUGAAUUGCAAGAUCCGUUCCAAGUUGUGGCAUUACCACAUGUACUUGGAAAUGCUCAACCGAUAGACGUAUGCGCAGAUGGAUCGCUCGACAAGUAUAAGGCAAGACUGGUAGCAAAAGAAUUUACGCAACAGUAUGGAUUGGACUGCAACAAGAUCUUUAGCUCUAUCGUUUGCUGUGAUUUAAUUCGAAUCAUUCUCGUGCCUGCCGUCGAAGUAGAACGGAAGCACCUUUCGGACAAAAAUGUCUUAUCAGUAAGGGUGGGAACAGGGUAUAAAGGAUGCGAAGGCUGUGUAUGGCCUGCUGCAGGCGUCUUGGGCUUGGUAACGCGCACAGAUGGCAGCAUUGUGGUUUUAUUCAUUGUAGACGACGUGCUGAUCUUUAGCGAUCUGAAGUCUGAGCUAACUGCGUUCUGA